UCCUCAACACAGCCGCAUCGCUUCACCCGUCCGCCUCAUCCAUCCCUCGCCUCUCGUGCUCUUCUCCUCGGAGUUUAUCAAGCGGGGAAGAUGGCGAGAUGAUGUGGAGACUUGAGGAGUGAUUGUCCAUCUUCCCUCUUUUUUUCUUUUCCCCCACUCCAUUUUUUUUAAUCUUCCUGCAACAUCAGGAAUGCUUAACGUGGACUGAUGGAUGUUUCCGAACUGUGCAUCCCUGACCCGCUCUGCUACCAUAACCAGCUCCUAAGCAGAAUGCCCUCAGAUGAGCGUCACCUGUCGUCCAGCUGCGGUUCUUACGUAAAAACGGAACCCUCCAGCCCGUCGUCGUCACUGGUGGACACGGGCAGCCAUCACAGCCCCAGCGGCAACUCGGACGCCAGCGGCGGCUACGUCAAUGUGGGCGGCGGGGCGCGCUCCCACGCGCUGGACUCGCCCGUCUUCAUGCACGGCAUGGGCGGAGGGGGCGGGGCCUGUCUGCGCCGUUACGACGACUGCUCGGGAGGCCUGGCCGACGAGUCACCCAUCAAGUGCGAGUACAUGCUCAACGCCGUGCCCAAGAGGUUGUGCCUGGUGUGCGGAGACGUGGCGUCAGGGUACCACUACGGCGUGGCUUCCUGCGAGGCCUGCAAAGCGUUCUUCAAGAGGACCAUACAAGGCAAUAUUGAGUACAGCUGCCCGGCCACUAACGAGUGCGAGAUCACCAAACGAAGACGCAAAUCGUGCCAAGCGUGUCGUUUCAUGAAGUGUCUCAAAGUUGGCAUGUUGAAAGAAGGCGUCCGUUUGGACAGAGUGAGAGGAGGCCGCCAAAAGUACAAACGGAGGAUGGACGCGGAAAAUGGCGGCUACCUCGGUCUCACCAUUCCACCACCAGCCAAAAAACCUUUGACCAAAAUUGUGUCGCAUUUAUUGCUGGUGGAACCGGAAAAAAUCUACGCCAUGCCUGACCCUAGCAUUCCCGACGGCGAUAUCAAGGCCUUGACCACAUUGUGCGACCUGGCUGACCGCGAGCUGGUGGUCAUCAUCGGCUGGGCCAAACAUAUCCCAGGCUUCUCCGGCCUGUCGCUGGCCGACCAGAUGAGCCUCCUGCAGAGCGCCUGGAUGGAGAUCCUGGUGCUGAGCAUCGUCUUCCGCUCGCUGCCCUGCGAGGAGGAGAUCGUCUACGCCGAGGACUACGCGGUGGACGAGGAGCAGGCCAGGAGAUCGGGCCUGCUGGACCUGCACGUGGCCAUCCUGCCUCUGGUGCGACGCUUCAAGAAGCUGCGCGUGGACAAGGAAGAGUUCGUCACGCUCAAGGCCAUCGCGCUGGCAAACUCGGACUCCAUGCACAUAGAGAACAUCGAAGCCGUCCAGAGGCUCCAGGAUUCCCUCCACGAGGCCCUGCAGGACUUUGAGGCCGCGCAGCACCCGGAGGACCCUCGGCGGGCGGGCAAGCUCCUCAUGACGCUGCCCCUCCUGCGGCAGACGGCCACCAAAGCGGUGCAGCACUUCUACAGCAUCAAAAUGCAGGGCAAGGUGCCCAUGCACAAACUCUUCCUGGAGAUGCUGGAGGCCAAGGCUUGACAGAGGGUGGGGGCGGGGCCUACGCCUCGGACGGACAGCCACGCCGGCCGACGGCGCGGCGACGUAUAAUUGUGCCAACGGGAGAAGCUUGAAAAGACGUCGAUUGCAGACGCGGGGACUAUUAUUACUGUAUAUAAAAAUGUACAGAAAUGAGAAAAGGGAGGUCUUGUUAUAACCGCAGGCCUGCUAUGGUACUCGAUAUCAUUUGAAGCUUCUGUGGAUUUUCAUAUUUUAAUUUCACCUCCUUCCCAAUGAAAUUGUCAUGUUUCACUGCCAUUGACGGCGAUACUUAUUAUAUGGGGUUAUGCCUUGCAAAGGCCCAGAUCGUAAAAUUCCUCAACUUUAUCAUGUAUUUAUUAUUUCAGCAUCUUCUCGUUUUCUCAGCGCGACGCACAGCCUGAACCGUUUGACCGAUCAGCACCGUUCGAAUAUCGAAACGACAACGCAUGAAAAUUUCCGUUCACCCAUUAACACGGGUUUUUGGGGGGAAAAAUACAAUUUUAAAAAGGUUUCAAAAUGUAUCGAGCCCUUCAAUUUUUGACCAAAUCAUGUAAUUUUCACAUCAAAAAUUCCAGCGACGGUAAGGGGCAUACAAGUUGUGUACAGAAUUUGGCAAAAACGUAGCGUUCCCCCAAAAUUUGCCAAAAACUUUCCCAUUCAUUUCUAAUGGGAUGCCAUUUGACAACCACGUAUGUUGAAAUUUCCCAUUCAUUUCAAUGGCAGGAAAACAAGGUCCUUGUGAUUUUUGACCAUUUACCAUGACAGCUCAUUGACAUUCAAGUAAGUCGAUGCCACGGACAGCCAUACACGCCCAUGCCAUUGACGGCCAUGUACGUCCAAAUUUCCUAUUCAUUUCCAAUGGCAUUUACAUUGCAUGGACGCCCAUGUGCAUAGAUGCCAAUAAGGGCUAUGCACAUCCAGGCCAUUGACGGCCAUGUAUGUCAAUUCUAUUGAUGCCAUUGUACUUGGAUUAUAUUGACGCAUAUGUAAAUCGACGCCAUUGACGUCCUUGUAAGUCGAAAUUUCUCAUACAUUUUCAAUGGCAAAAAAACCUGUGUGCCCAAAUCAACAGGGAGUGACCUGAUAUCUACAGGAUAUGUCCCUGAAAUGUCCCCAAAUCAACCUGAACGUGGCUAAAAUCUGUAUCUACUGUACCACAGCAAAGCCCCAUAGGAAUUUCUCCUGAAUUUGCAGUUUUGUAGUUUUAAAGAGAUUCAACGAAUGAGAGACCUAAUCCCGUGUAACAAUGUUGUGUUAAUUACCAAAUUGCAAUUAUUUGCAUUUAUUUCUGUGUAAAUGUGGAGAUUAAACCCUCGAUUAAAUUUCGGAAACUUGUGCGAUUCAUUAACUUUUACCAUCUUUGGUUGCUGUUUUAUCUGAAAUCUGUGUCAUAAGACUGUCAUAAUGAUGACAUCUGUCAUGAAUAUGAAUGAGGGCUUAUGACAAAUGCGAUUGUCAUUUAGGAAAAGAUGUCAGUUUUGAUGCAAUACUGACAUUUUUUCAAAUGUUUGGGUUGGGAUUAGGGGGUUUAGGAACUGUAAGGGUUAGGAAAUAAUGACAUUUGUCGUAAGCAUUUAUGUUCGUGACGGUGUCAUAUCAUACUUAUAACGGUCUUAUGAGACAGAGUUCAGAUAGUGUUACCCAGUCAGUACUAAACUGCGAUUAAUCGCAUUUAAAAUAAUCGCAAUGUCAGAAACUUGUUUUUUUUGUACAAAAUUGUAAUUAAUUACGUCUAAUAAAGCUCUAUUAAAACUAAGCUUAAUUGCGAUUAAUUACAGAAAUGUGUCAUUUUUUUCCUUGAGUACAAAACUUACAAAUAAUUGCCGUUUAUAUUUGUUAAGACUAGAGUUGUCCAAUAAUGACCUUUUAACCAAUAUCCCAAUAUUGUCCAACUCUAAAAAUCCAAUACCGAUAUCAAACUGGUAUCGAUAUACGCGGUCUUGAACUUGGCAUAUUAUGGCUAAUUCAUGAGUUUGUAUUUCAAUAUAUUGUUCAUUUAAUUUCUUUGCACCAUAAAUGCAAAGCGUCUAAAUUUGGAGACUUCUAAUAGGCAAUAAGCAUAACUGCUUUGUUACGCUGUGACCAGCCCUUGUACAAAGGCUUCUACAUGCAUAUUUGAUCAAAACCGAUGUCGAUGUUGUCCGAUAUCAUUUUAAAAUGCUUUUAUCAGCAGAUAUUAGGGACUACCCGAUAAUAUCGGACAACUCUAAGACUAAAUGAGAUAUCAAUCACAGAAAUGUCUGUGAUACAUGAUCUGUUAGUCUUUUGUCUAGGGAACAAAAAUUAGAUUAAUCGCAUCUAGAAACUAAGAUUAAUCUCAUUUGAUCGAGAAUAGCAGACUUGUGUGAUUCAUCUGCUACAAUAAGUAAAAAAUUGCGAUUAAUCGCAUUGAUAAGACUAAAUGAGAUUAAUCUCAAUUACUCAUGAAUAAUUACAAAAACCUUUGUGACUCAUCUGUUACAAUCUCUUCAGUGUUUAAUUGCAAUUAAUCGCAUUCAUUCAUAUUGUGAUAAAUCUCGAUUAUAGAAACUUGUUUCAGCGAAUAAUUGCUGCUGUACAAACCGGUCCAAAUAGAUUACACGUCUGUCGCCGUCAAUGGCAGCCAGUGACACUUUGGGUUGGGGGAGGGGGAUAUAAAAAUCAUGCUGUUAUUGUGAGAUUUUUUUUAUGCGUAGAAUUUUGAGAAACUAAUCAAUUUCUUUGGAAUACAUGUACAUAAAAUGUAUUUACCUCGCGGCGGGGUCGGUGGGCCGGCGCGCCCAGAAAUGUGCAAUAAUGUCCAAUUUGAGACCCCGACGUGAUUCUAGGGGGUUCCAACGUAGCCUCGCAAUAUUUUUUUUUCUAUCCAGUCUAAUGACACCCUGUUAAUGUGACCUGAUAGCUCUGCAAUAAACACACUUCUCGUGUUAUGAUGUCAUAUACAGUGUUGGUCAUCACUUGUUCUUUUUACAGAUGGAAACCAUCAAUACCUUCUAUUUUGCACAAAAUGGUUGUUUCUUUAGUGUACUGUACUGCCAAAGCAACAGCUUGUUUAAAAAAAUUUUUUAGCAACCUGAAAUUUUGUAGGCACGUUUUUCAUGAGUAG